AUGGACCAUUCAGAGCCCUUGGGAAAGCCCUGGAUGUACAAGCCCAGGAAAAUCGGCAUGUGGACAUUCCCGUGGUUUGCUUCUCCGGAGGUGCAGCUGGUGUUGGUAUCCUUUGUCUGCUUCCUCUGCCCUGGUAUGUUCAAUGCCGUCAGUGGCCUAGGCGGCGGUGGUCAAGUGGAUGCCAAAGAUGUUAGUGACGCCAACACCGCUCUGUACAGUACUUUCGCUGUUGUUGGCUUCUUCGCUGGUUCUAUCGCCAACUGGAUCGGAUUGCGCUUGACUUUGUCCAUUGGUGGCUUCGGUUACUUCCUCUACGUCGCUUCUCUGCUGUCCUACAACCACAACCAGAAUGUCGGUUUCCUCAUCUUCGCUGGUGCUUUGCUGGGUGUAUGCGGAGGUCUUCUAUGGUGCGCUCAAGGCGCUGUCAUGAUGAGUUAUCCGAAUGAGAAGGAGAAGGGCAAAUUUAUUGCUAUUUUCUGGGUUAUCUUCAACUUGGGUGGUGUCAUUGGAGGUUUGAUCCCUUUGGGUCAGAACCUGCACUCGAAUUCCGGACAGGUCAAUGAUGGCACAUACAUCGCUUUUAUGGUCCUCAUGGCUAUUGGUUUUAUGCUUGCCUGGGUUCUCGUGGAUUCAAAAUACGUCAUGCGCAGGGAUCAUUCUCGUGUUAUCGUUAUGAAGAAUCCCACCUGGAAAUCCGAGCUUAUGGGUCUCUUGCAGACACUGCGCACUGACUGGUAUAUCAUCCUCUUCUUUCCCAUGUUCUUGGCAAGCAACUGGUUCUACGGAUAUCAUUUCAACAGCGUCAACGGCGCCUAUUUCAACAUUCGUACCCGCUCGCUCAACAGUUUGUUAUACUGGCUCAGCCAGAUGGUUGGAGCUUUCGUGUUCGGCAUGACAUUGGAUUUGAAAUGGUUCUCUCGUCCUACCAGGGCCAAGAUCAACUUUGGUCUUCUUCUCGCCAUUACAAUGGGCGUCUGGGGUGGCGGAUAUGCCUUUCAGAAACAAUACACCCGCGACACCGUGACCGCAACUAAGGAUUGGACUGACAGUGGCUAUAUCGGUCCCAUGUUCCUCUACAUCUUCUACGGAUUCUAUGACGCUGCUUUUCAAACCUGCGCGUAUUGGUUCAUGGGGUCGCUCACGAACAACAGUCGAAAACUCGCCAACUUUGCUGGAUUUUACAAGGGUCUUCAGUCUGCUGGUGCAGCGGGCAUGUGGCGCAUGGAUGCACAAGGUACCGCUUUCAUGACGGAAUUUGCUUCUUGCUGGGGUCUCCUCGUUGGUAGUCUCCUGAUUGCCUCGCCAAUCAUCUUCUUCAAGAUCAAGGAACACUCCGAUAUUGAAGAAGACCUCAAAUUCUCCGAUGAGACUCACAAGGAUGUCGGUAUUCCCAUGGAAGAUUCUCCAAUGCCUUCCUCUCCCUCUCAGAAAGAACACGGAGAGGAGAAGACCGUUUGCCAUGAGUGA